AGCUGACCAAGUAGAACCGGCCCUCGACGGUUUCAAAUAUCGAGACGAAUUUAUUGCUUAAAUAGGAUGUUUUUUCUCGUUUGGUGCAUUUGAUUUGUCUUUACACAUAUAGCUAUAAACGAAAUGAAAAAUCAAAUAUAAAACUGUGUAAAUGUUAUUAGAUCGAGUAAGACAUGUAGAAAUGAAGGGUUUUGUGCGCACGGAAAUCAUUUGAUGUAUGUUCUUGUUAACUAAAAGCUAUAAACUCGAGUGAAACAAAUGUCGAGCAAAGCAAAAAAAAUCCUCGUUUGUGGAGAUGUCAAUGGAAAAAUUGACCACCUAUACAAACGUGUUUCGAGUAUUCAAGCUAAAGGACAGGUUUUCGACAGUCUUUUUGUUGUAGGCGAAUUCUUCUCGCCUUUCGCAGACAUUUUGGCUGUUUGGGAAAGUUACACUUCAGGAGCCAAAACCGUACCGAUAAUGACAUACAUUCUGGGGCCGAAAUCGGAAAAUCUUAGUAAGUUUUACGAGGGCGUCGACGAAGGUGGGGAGCUCUGCCCUAAUAUUGUUUACAUGGGAAAGCAAGGUAUUAUUACAAUGGCGACCGGUUUAAGAGUGGCGUACUUCUCUGGCACGGACUGCGGCUCUGUCAAAACUGCAAAUUACACGUAUAGUCUUCAUGAUGUACACAAAUUUCUUCGGCCAUUAGUGGAUAGUCAGACCAACGUCGAUAUUCUACUUACAGCCGAUUGGCCUGCUGGCAUCACCAAGUAUGCUGGAUCGAAUCCGAUUGCAUCGAAAGUUGCCGGAAGCAUAGGUAUAGCUCAAAUCGCGUAUUUUAUCAAGCCGCGCUAUCAUUUUACUGCGUCGAAAGACCUUUUCUACGAGCGUGUACCUUAUAGAAAUCACAUGGUGCUAACCGAAAAAGCAGUUCAAGCGACCCGAUUUAUAUCCGCCGCCCAAGUAGGCUCCAAAGAGAAAUAUCUCUACGCCUUCACUAUCACGCCGAUUGUAUAUGCUACCCAUGCGGAAAUAUCGAAACAGGCCGAUAACGUAACGGAGAAUCCUUAUCCUGCAUUUGCUUUGCCACAAGAACAAGAGGAAGCGUUUCAGGGAUUCUUCUACGAUGCUAAAGCCAAAUACAACGAGGAGCCGAAGAAGACAAAACGUCAAAAAGGUGAACACAAAGACGACUCACAGAAGAAGCCGCGACUUCAGCAAAUCUCACAGGAUGAUUGUUGGUUCUGUUUGGCCAGCCCGAAGAUCGCAAAGCAUCUAGUCGGUUCCAUAGGGAAACUCUGUUAUUUGGCUAUAGCAAAAGGAGCAAUUAAUUCGUACCAUUGUAUGAUUCUUCCUGUUGCCCAUCAUCGAAACAUGGCUGAGCUCGACCUUGACACGAGGAUUGAACUAGCCAAAUAUAAAACUUCGCUGAAUCGCUUCUUCGAAGUGAAAGACAUGUAUGCAGUGUACUUCGAAAGAAACUUCCGAUGUUCGCACAUGCAGUUACAGGUAGUGCCGAUCAGCCGCAAGAUCCCAGAGGAUAAUGUCAAAGCGGCCUUUGUCGAUUACGGCUCAUCAGUAGGCGUUAAAAUGGAGGAAAUUCCUCUGAAUACGGACUUAGCACAGGUGAUUGGUACCAAGGAUCAGGCAUACUUCUUCACCGAGUUCGGCAAAACCAAAAUGCUCGCACUUAUCAGACGAAACUUCCCACUGAAUUUUGGCCGUGAAGUGGUCUGCUGCAGUGAUCUGCUCGAUCUGCCGGAACGAUCAGACUGGAAAGAGUGCGCUUUGUCAGAGGAACAAGAAAUUGAAAUGACAGUCACGUUCAAGAAGGAAUUCGCCACAUUUGAUUGGACCCAUGAAGAUGACUCUAGCGAAAGCGACUAGUGAAAUAUUACGUUGAAGGGCAAAUAAAUAAAAGGACCCGUGUUCUGAUUCUUGAUAAUAUUGACGAACUAAGAAUAAGAAUCAAUGAAUGCAUAUAACUCGGUUAGGAAUUUCUGUUGCUUAGACAAAUCGAUAAAUGCUUCUAAUUUCUGUGUAUAUUAUGCAUUGUAUAUACUAUGUUAAAUCCUCAGCGAAAUAAAUUGCUUUCCUUUUGUAUAUCUUGUUGCUACUUAGGUUCAAAAGUAUAAAGUUCAGAGUAUGACUAGCCUUUAAUUAUUUUUCUGUGUAAAUCACAUUUUCGUCGCUUAAAAGUCUCUAUGCAGGCUAACAGCCAAAUGACCGGUUCAAGAAAACGCACUUUAUGACACCUCCAAUUUCUGUCCAGUUUGUCCUUCCAUAGUUUUAAUUUUUCCGUUUUUAGUUGGUUGUAGGUAUAGCUCAUCUGUAUACAGUCAAGAUGAUCCGUAUGCACGUCUUUAGCGCCUUAUAUAAAACGCAAAGGAUUUUUUUGUGUGUUUGCUUUGCACUGUGAACAUUAA